AUGUCAUUUAAUUGUGAGGAUGACAGUCUAGGUAUUCAUCAUAAUCAUACCCGUAAUAACCACGGACAUGGCCAUGGCCAUGAUCACGAGCCUCCUGUACCAACAAACUCAGAUCAGUCCCUCUUCUCAUACAUCGACACUACAAAAAUCAAGUUAUUAAAUGGUAUUGCCAUGUCUCAAGGAAGUCAAUCUUCUACAUUAGAUAAAUCUUCAGUGUUUAUAAAAAAUAGAGAUAAUAAAUCUAAGAUAGAUACAUGGUUACAAUCUGAUACUGACUGCCAAUUGGUGGCUCAUUUGCCGUUUACUGGAGUUUGUAAAAUUGACUCGAUUAUUUUGAGAUGUAAUAAACCCAAAUUAUCUGAGGAAUUCGAUGCACCAAAGACAAUUCAGGUAUAUAAAAAUUGGAAAAAAAACUCUAAUAUCGAUUUCAAUACAUUAAAUUCCAACCAUAUUAAACCUAACUAUAAAAUAGAAUAUCCACAAAAUGUUGGAAUUGAUCCAACAACAACUACAGAGACUGAUGAAGAUGAAACCAGUAUGAUUGAAUUUCAUAUGCCAAAGGCAAAAUUUAAUGACUGUCACUCAAUAACUUUAUUCUUUAAGGAUAACUGGUCUGACGAUGAAGAUAAUUGUUUCAAAUUGUAUUACCUUGAAAUAAGAGGUAGUUUUACUGGGAAGCUGGCAAAGGACGACGCAGUACCAAUAGUGUCUGUAUAUGAAAGUGCGCCAAAUCCUUUAGAUCAUCAAAAGGUAGAAAGUGAUAAACCAAACAUUCACCUUGGUAUGUGA